AAAGGGGGGCGCGUGUGUGUCCUCGCAGCCUCGCGCGCGCUUCCUCUGUGUGCUCGUUCGCCUGUGAUCGGAUCCCGCAUUUCGGCAGCACGCACUCGAGCUAAGAAGAUGUCGCGGGUGUACAUCGGAAGACUGAGCUACAGGGCCAGGGAGAAGGACGUGGAGAGGUUCUUCAAGGGCUACGGGAAGAUCCUGGAGGUCGACCUGAAAAACGGGUAUGGGUUCGUUGAAUUCGAUGACCCCCGUGACGCGGACGAUGCUGUGUACGACUUAAACGGCAAGGAGCUGUGCGGGGAACGGGUCAUCGUGGAGCACACCAAGGGACCUCGUCGUGACGGAGGUUACGGCGGAAGAAGCACAAAAGCUGCAUCAAAAGAAGACUUGAAAGGUGGAUAUGGGCGCUGGGGAAGAGACAGAUAUGGUCCGCCGAUUAGGACAGAUUAUCGUCUCAUUGUUGAGAAUCUUUCCAGCCGCUGCAGCUGGCAGGACUUGAAGGACUACAUGAGGCAGGCAGGGGAGGUGACUUACGCCGACACCCACAAGGGCCGGAGAAACGAGGGAGUGAUCGAGUUCAGGCUCUACUCCGACAUGAAGAGAGCUCUGGAGAAGCUCGACGGCACAGAAGUGAACGGCAGAAAGAUCCGCCUCAUCGAGGAUCGCCCCGGGGCCAAACGCAGACGCUCUUACUCCCGCAGUCGCAGCCGCUCCAGGUCUCGCUCCAGGAGCCGCAGAUCUCGCAAGAGCCGCAGCCGCAGUGACAGCAGCAGUCGCAGCCGCUCCCACUCCAGGGCGGCUUCACGCUCCCGCAGCCGAUCUCGUAGCAAGAAGAACAAGGGCAAGAACAAGAAGGAGGAAGAAGAGCGCAGCAACGGCGCUCAGAAGAACAAGGACCGCAGCCGGAGUCGCAGCCCCAAGAGCAAAAAGGGCAAGAAAGACGGGAAGAAGGGCAAGAAGGACGACUCCAGGUCCAGAUCUCGCUCUCGCUCCAGGUCUCACUCUCGAUCGGUGAACAAGGAUCGCUCCAGGAAAUCUGGCUCAAAGGGCCGCGAGCCGCCCAAGAGCGACGACGAGGGCGGCGAGCCCGAGAGGGGCUCCCGCUCCCGUUCACGCUCGCCAGCCGAGUCCAAAUCCAGAGCCAGGUCUAAAUCAAAGUCCAAAUCCAAGUCUCGUUCCCCGUCACCCGUCAAAGCCCGCUCCCACUCCCGAUCCGCCUCCCGCUCAGAGUCCCGCUCCAAAUCCCGCUCCCAGUCUCGUUCUCGCUCCCGUUCCCGCUCUUAGUUCAGAUUUUGGACUUUUUGUCAUGAGCCCUUAUCCCGACACUGUCUCCCCCUGUCCUCCAUUUACAUUCCCCAGACCCCGCGACACUACCCCCGCCUCCUGUCUUUUGAUAAAUAGCUGUAGAAUACCAGGCACUCGACUCAAUGUCUUUUAUGCACAUGCUACUCCAUUUCAUUUGACUUUUACAAUACAUAUUUUUUUCAUUAGCGCUGUCUCGUAUGGGGGUGUUUGUAAAAUAACAGGGUGCAAUCUCAGUUUUAUAAGUUUAAAUGAUGGUGUGUGUCUUAGCCUUUUUUUAAUCAAACGUAGAAGCGUACUGUUUUGGCAAAAUGCUGGGUGGGAACAUGAUCUCACCUUUUGUGAAAUCCUCGCAUCGUUUUAUUUCAAAUUAAAAAAAACAAAUGCCUGUUCUACAUUCUCGUUGUUUGGAUUGUUUUUUUGUUUGUCCGCAGAAAGUCGGUGAGGUGGAUGAAUGAUUGAACUUGAGGCUUCAUGUGAUCAAAUGGUUUCUCAGGGAUUUGUCUGCGUCUUUGGAACCAAUUUUAUUACAGCUGAUAAAAAUGGAAUAAACUCGA